AUGCCUUUUGGCGCUGUAUUCUACCUUCCCGCAACAAGCGCAAUAAGCAAUACGGGUUACGGAUCUGUUUUAAAUAUGGCGGAGAAUCUAAGUACUAUUCUUUCUGAAAUCACUACUUGCAAAUCACCAAAAGAAGCUACUGAAAAGUUUUCAAACUUGCUCAAAUCUCUUCCUCAGUCUUCCGAUAGUUUACUAGCUGAUAUAACUACAAUCGUCAACACAAUUUCUCAGGAUAUGGUGACAGUUAUAGCGGCCAGGAAGUUUUGUGAUGAACUUAUAAACUUUGUGAAUCAAGUUCCUGAUAAUUCUUUAGCGAUUAGUGCAUUGCAAAUUCUACUUUCUCGAAUGCAGUCAAGAAAUAUUGCUUUUGAAUCUCAAUUGGUUGAACUACGUGAUUCACUUUCUAAGCGAUUAGAAGCUGUGGGAAACCUUCGUGAAGCCGCUACUGUUUUGUCUGAUAUACCAUUAGAGAGUGGACAACGAGUCUAUGGAGUAAAUUAUAAAUUGGACAUCUAUUUGAGAAUAGCCGAAUAUUUCUUGAAAAUUCAUGAAAUUCAAGAAGCUGAAGUUUUUGUAAAUCGGGCAUCUUUGCUGCAACCGGAAUGUCAGAAUCAGCAACUUUUGGUUCGGUACAAGAUAGCCUAUGCACAUUUAUUGGAUUUAAAGCAAAAAUUCCUCGAAGCUGGUCAACGUUAUGCUGAAUUGUCCAUAAGAUUUCCAUGGCUUGAUGAUUCCGAGCGUUUGGCCUUUAUAGAACGUGCGUUAGCAGCUGCCUUACUUUCAAGUGCUGGUCAACAACGUUCUAGAUUAUUAGCUACUUUAUAUAAAGAUGAACGGUGCCAAACUUUCGAUGCCUACCCAAUUUUAGAAAAUAUGUUUAUGGGACGUUUAAUCAAUCGUUCAUCACUUUCCAGUUUGGAGCCUUUGCUUAAGAAAUAUUAUCCUCAUUUAUUACAGUCUUCAUUACAAGAUUUUUCGGAAAUAACUUCAAGUAUUCAAGAUCAGUCGGGGAAAUUGUCAUCCAUAACUUCAUCUUCUGUACAAAAACUGCUUGAACGAGCUUUAAUUGAACAUAACAUGUUAGCUGCCAGUCUAAUCUAUAAUAAUAUCAGUUUGGAGAAUUUAGGUCUUCUUUUGGAAAUAUCUGCAAGUGAGGCUGAAUCUAUCGCCUCUCAAAUGAUUAGUGAAGGAAGAUUAAUUGGUAAACUUGAUCAAAUUGAUGGUGUUAUUCAUUUUGAAAGCAGAGAUCCUGGUGUUUCAUCUUGGAGUAUGCAUAUUCAAAGUUUAUGUACAGCUGUUAAUCGUAUAGUUGAAGAUAUUGAAGCCGCACAUCCUGAUUGGGUUCAUUCUCAUUUGAAUUCCAGAAUGGUUAUAGAUCCACCAUUAACACUUAAAGGAAUGGAAUUAUGGUCUUGUUCCGGUCAAGUACCAUGA